AAGGAAUCUUUGCUAUAAUAUGUCAAUUUAUUAAAAUCUAUUUUAUAAGUGGUAGCUUAUAAUAUAUCAUUAAAUAUGCAUUCACACAUAAUUCCAAAUAAGAGUGAAGAUGAAAUGACUCUGGAAGAAAGAUGGAGGGUAAAACAUAUAAAAACGUUUGAGCAACAUCAAGGGCAUGAAUCAAUGCAUGCAGAAAUGGCGCUUAUUUUGUUAGGAACAUUGUUGGUAGUACAGAUUAUAUUGGUUGUAUGGAAGAAAUUUCAUUAUAAAUCAUAUCAGUUUGUUACCUUAAUUAUUAUGUGGAUUAUUCCAUUUGGAUUAAGUUUAAGGAAUCAUUGGUGGAUGUUUAUAUUUUUUUGGUUAGUAACAUCCUGUAUAACAGGAUUAAUAGUAAGAAAGGCUAUUCAAAAACCUAUAGCAGGUACAACACCAAGAUUGGUGUAUAAAUGGUUUCUUUUUAUUUAUAAAUUAAGUUAUAUGUUAGGUAUAAUAAGUUAUAGUAUAAUGUUAGCCACUAUUUUUGGUUUAAAUAUUGUAUUUGAAGACAAAGCAGAAAGAUGGAUUGAUUGUAGUAUACUUUUGUUGUUUUAUGGUCUUUAUUUUGGAGUAUUAGGAAGGGAUAUUGCAGAAAUAUGUGCAGAUAAAAUGGCUUCACAUAUUGGAUAUUAUGUACCAGACCAUAUGCCAACAAGGACUUUAGAACCUGGUGUGUGUGCAAUAUGUGGAAAUAAACUUUUAGUGUCAGAAAAUGAACAUGGUAUAAUUGAAAAUACAUACAAACUUAGUUGUGAACAUGUGUUUCAUGAAUUUUGUAUCAGAGGAUGGUGCAUCGUAGGAAAGAAACAAACGUGUCCAUAUUGUAAAGAAAAAGUUGAUCUUAAGAAAAUGUUUUGUAAUCAAUGGGAACGACCUCAUGUUUUGUAUGGUCAGCUUCUAGACUGGAUCAGGUGGUUAGUUGCUUGGCAUCCAUUAAUUUUGCUUCUUGUCGAAGGUAUCAAUUGGGGCCUUGGCCUCAAAGUGACAGAAGAUUUUGACUAUGGAAAUGCGAAUGCGACGACUCUAGGGAUCGAUAUACGUUAAAUGCUAUAAUUCCUCAUCGAUGUAUCGUUGCGCGUGUACUAAGAGAGGUACGAGAUAUAAUGGGAGGAUAAGAAUUUCGUUUGGAUACAUAUAGAAUCCAAUUACGGGCUUGUACGAAAGAGAUAAAUAAACAAUGACAACUCUGUCAAUGAUGUUACUAAAAGUCUUUAAUUAAUCUCUCAUCAUUAUUCGUCAGCAAAAAACAAGUUUUAUCACAUCACGCAUUCGUAGGUACUC